ACUUACAGAGAAAUAUAUUUUUCACUUUAUUUUAGUUUACAAAAGACUUUUAUUUAAUUUUUUUAAUGUGUAAUGUUGUGUAUUUGCAAACUUAACUUUAUUUAAAGUUUGUCAUAUAACUUGAUUCACUUUAAAUGCAUGUGCAAGAGUUAUGCUAUGAUUUGUUUUGUCGUAUGACGCUUUUGUCGGCAAAAAUGACAGUUUGUUCUUGAAAAUCAACGGCCGCACAAAUUGUAAUAUUGCUUUGUAUAUUUAUCAUUAUUACAAAUUAAUAAACUUCUUGACGCUGUUUAUAUAUAUAUAAUAAUGGGAACUCCGCAAUUAAACAUUGCUUUACACCGAAAAGUGGAAGAGAGGCUACAUCAGACUUUACACAAAAAUCUAUCUAUUUUAUUAUUAGCUUAUACACCGACAGUAGAAUUCACUAAUAUUUUGAAACAGGGAAUGUUUAUGAAAUCGAAUCCCAAUGCUUUUCUUCACACUGCUCAUUUUUUAUUGAAUAUUAUUGAUCACGGAGACUUUAAGAGCAAGUUUGAGUGGCCUUUGUAUGAAAAACGUAUGGAAACUACAUUUAAAAAUACUUUUAGAAGCUAUUUACCUGAGAUGAAUAAUAAAUACCCAUUCAUUAAACUACCACCAGUAAAAGUUUCAUUUAUGGUUACACCUGGAGGCUUUCAUUUUACUACUAUGAUGCUCAAGUUAAGUGAGUUAGCAAUGAUCGUCUAUUUAAAGAAAAAUGGAAAAGAAGUUUACAUACCAAGUAAUGAACCUAGUGAUUUAGAUGACAUAAAAAAGGUGCUUAAAGAUAAGUGUGAUCAAAUUGAUCAAAAGUUAAAUUUUCGAGUAGCUUAUCGCAAUAGAUUCUUCAAAGAAGCUGAAAAAGAAGUGACAAUGAUUGAGAAUUGCAUAGCCGUUGAUAAAAAGAAAUUGGAAACUAUAAAAGAAAAUUGGAAACAGUAUAUACUAGAUGUUGCUGAUCUAACGGAUACAGAGAAAAAGAUGUUAAUUGAUGAUCCAAAGAAAGCGAUAUCAAUAAUGAAAAGUGAACUUUUGAAAUUACUUGAGAAAAAUGAAAAUUUAUCAAAGCUGCUUGAAAGUAAAGUAAAAGUGUAUGAGGAAAUUGAUCAUUUGUCGAAUGUGCUUUUAGAGCGCACAGAGAAGAGCCAUUGCUUGCAAUAUGACAACAAUAUUAAAGAACUUUGUUCGCUCAGAAAAUAUGUUGCAGAAGAAUAUAUAUCCGUCGUUGAGAGAAUUGUUCAAAAAGGUAAACUGAAUUUUCCGCUACUUUUGAACUGUUUAACAUCAGUAUUCAAUGAAGUAGCUCCAUUAAUGCCUCAACAAAAAGUAAAUAAAGAUGCUAUGAUAAGUAUUCAAGACAACUGCGCUAUUUUGAAAAAUGUAUUUGCUGAGUUUGGUAAAUUAAAUGAACGUGUUUAUUUUUUGUCAAAUGAAUUGCAAAGAGAUCUUAAUCGAGCUCGUAGUGAUUUUGAAAGUAGACCUGAAUGGGAUGAUUCACCUGUGAUAUCAUCCCUUAAUUUCCUAUUACCUGGUUCAUCUCCUUAUAGGGAAUUAAAAUUACAUAAUGAUACAAAUAAAGAAGAUUCAGUUAUGACAAGUGGAAGUAGAUCAACAAGUAUGUUUGAUAUUAGCAAGUUAUCUGAUAAUUCCUCGAAUAGAGCCAUUGUGCAACCUGCUUGGUUGAACUCAAAUAUGAUGUCUGUUAGAAAACCAAAACGAAAACCAUUAAACAAAUCAAACCAACAUUACCAAAGUUCUCCUUGCUUAACAUCACCUUUGGUAAGAAAUAUUUCUCGGAAACAAGGAUUAAAUAAUUCUCAAGAAAAUACUGGUGAUAAAAAUGUGAAUUUAAUGGAUUCAGUGAAAAGUUUCCACCACAAGUUUCCAGCAAUGCAGAGAGAAGUACAAUCAACAAAAUUGUGUGACAACUUUGUCAUUCCAAUCAAAUCAAACAUUGACAACUUUGUGACUCCAAUCAAGCAAUGCAGAAAAUCAAUUAUACCAAAACGGGAUGAAAUUAUAAAACGCUUGAGCUUAGUGCCUGAUGCAAUGCCAAGACUGACAUUAAAUUCAUGUGCUAUUGUCAGUCCCCGUGGUGAUUCAGAUUUGCAUUCUCCAUUAGGAAUCAAACAAACUAUUGAUGAAUCAGUGACUAACAAGUUUAGUACAAGUUAUAUUGUUGAUGAAGAAUUAUUAAAUGACUGCUUAAAUUCACCACUAUUUGAGAAUAAAUAUGUAGAGAGCUUAGUGAGCGGUUUUAGCGCAAGACCUUCAAAAAGAUAUAGCAUAGGUCUUGGUGAGAAUUUGCUAAAUGUAAGUUCACCUAUUGAUCUUAAUUAUUCAUUAGAUUCAGAUUAA